AUGAGCAAUCGAAAGCGAUCGCGCUCCAUCGCGGAGGAGAAUCGCGCAGAAUGCCCUUUUACCAUCGGGUACGCGAACGGCCCGUCACGCGCCGAGCAGGAGCGACAUAAGAAUAAGAAGCGGAAGCGCGGCGAAGGUCAAGAUGACGACAAGCGGGUUCAAAUUCAGAUCUCGCCCUUCUCGCCUACCGGCAGCUUCAAGACCCACGACACCAUGGAUCUCUACUACACCGUCGAGCCUUCUAAGCGAUGGCAAGACAUGACGCGCUACAACAGUUUCGUCCUAAAUGGCAUCAAAUACUACAGCGAGGGCUUCGUCUUUGUGGCCAACGAGGCCACUAUCGAGCGACAGCGUGCCGCCGGUACCCUGGGAAGUGUCGGCCCUCUCAAGAAAUCUGACGAUGACUGGGUGGCGCGCAUCCUUGAGAUCCGAGCUGCCGACGAGCACCAUGUUUACGCGCGCGUUUACUGGAUGUAUUGGCCCGACGAGCUUCCCUCCGGAACUCUAGAUGGCAAGAAGACGGUCCAGGGUCGCCAACCCUACCACGGCCAGAACGAGCUGAUCGCAUCAAACCACAUGGAUGUAAUCAAUGUUGUUAGCGUUACACAACCCGCAACGGUCAACCAAUGGAUCGAAUCGGAUGAUGAGGAGAUCCAAGACGCGUUGUAUUGGCGUCAAGCAUACGACUGCCGCAACUCGCAACUCUCGUCUGUUGAUCUUAUGUGCAAAUGCCAAACACCCGCGAACCCCGACAAGACCUUGAUAGGAUGCACGAGCUCUGAGUGUGGAAAGUGGAUGCAUCGCGAGUGUCUGAGCCACGAUGUCCUCAUGCAGGUUUUCGAACGCCUGGGUACAACCAAGCCUCACCGAACCGAAGGGACGAUUGUCAAGGAGGAAAAGUCCAGCGAGGAGGCCACGCGCCCUCUAUCGCCGACCGACGCCGAAGAGAAGGAGACCCAACCAACAAUCGAUGUUCGCUCUGGGGAGACUCAGGAUAACGUCCACGUGAAAAAGGGAACCCGAGAAACUCCUCGAAACACCGAUACACCAACCCCCGGGCCGACGCCAUCGAGGACGACCACUGCAUCGGCCAAGGGAUCUGCCAAGAAGGGCCGCAAGAAGAAGAACAUGGACUACAAGCCCUACCAAGGACUUUUCGAGGCGACGCUCAAGAUGAACGAGGGACCUACAGUCUGGGAAAUCCGUGAUCUUCGCGAGAACGUCACGGGCGGCGAAAAGUCGUGGACCGAGAAGGCCUACUGUCUCUUGUGCGGUGUUGUCAUUGAUUGA